AUGCAGGAGCAGCACUUGGGACGAGGCACCAGGACGAACAUUUACACGGGCUGGCUGAAGGUUCACGGUUCACUAGAGGAUGAUGACGACGAGUCUAAUAACAAUCACCGCAAUGUGAAAGGCAUCCGGGUUGUCCUUAAAAUUCUGGACCAGAGCCACAAGGAUAUAGCGCUAGCAUUCUUUGAGACAGCUAGUCUCAUGAGUCAAGUGUCACACUGUCAUCUGGUCUUUGUGCAUGGAGUUUCAGUCAAGGGAUCUGAGA